ACAAGUUUCACAGUUCAAGGAAAAAAAAAAUCCAAAAACCUGGUGUAUAAUGGCACUCGAAAAGCCAGCAGCGCCCAUCUCAAUCUUGUGCUUGAUCUUGUUAUUAUCACUAGCAAAUGGUUCUGAUGCUGGUGGAAUAGCAAUCUACUGGGGCCAAAAUGGGUUUGAAGGCACACUGGCUCAGGCUUGUAACACAGGAAACUAUCAGUUUGUGAUCUUAGCUUUUCUUCCAACAUUUGGUAACGGCCAGAAGCCUCAGAUCAACCUUGCAGGUCACUGUGAUCCCUCCAUUAAUGGGUGUACUGGUUUGAGUUCUGACAUAAAGUCAUGUCAGGCCAAAGGUAUAAAGGUUUUGCUGUCUUUAGGAGGAGGUGGUGGAAGCUACUUUCUUGCUUCAUCUGUAGAAGCAAAGCAAGUGGCCACUUAUUUGUGGAAUAACUUCUUGGGUGGCACUUCUUCUUCUCGCCCCCUUGGACCUGCUGUUCUUGAUGGCAUUGACUUUGACAUUGAAGGAGGCACAACUCAACACUGGGAUGAGCUUGCCAGGUACCCUAAAGGGUAUAGAAAUAAGGGCAAGAAGGUGUUGUUGACAGCAGCUCCACAGUGUCCAUAUCCUGAUGCUUGGAUGGGAAAUGCCCUAAAGACAGGUCUUUUUGACUAUGUUUGGGUCCAAUUCUACAACAACCCUCCAUGCCAAUAUGCUUCAGGCUCUAUCACCAAUCUAAAAAAUGCAUGGAAUCAGUGGGUGUCAUCUGUGCCAGCCAACAAGAUCUUCUUGGGCCUACCAGCUUCAACUAAAGCAGCAGGCAGUGGCUUCAUUCCUGUCUCAGAUCUCACCUCCAAAGUCCUUCCUGCCAUUAAAGGAUCUGCAAAAUAUGGCGGUGUUAUGCUCUGGUCUAGGUACUUUGAUCUUCAAACUGGAUAUAGUUCCUCUAUCAAGAACUAUGUCUAGAACUUGUUCAAAGUUGUGUAAUCAUGAACAAACCUAUGUAAUAGUACUGCAGCAUCCAUCUGAUGGUGCUGCUGUUGUGAAAAUGUGAGAGCAAUGAUGAUGUAAUAGAUCAAGAACAUGCUUAAAUAAAAUGAGACUUUUGCUUUUCUUAA